AGAAACCUCCACACGUGACAUCGUCUCAGUGCUAUAUGAGGAAAAAGGCAGCAAGCAUCAGGACCAGUCCAGAGUCAGUCAACCUCGGCAGCGCGCAAAACGCUCACACGCACUCACUCACUCACCGGCUCUUGUUUUCCGCUGUAUAUCAAGCAACACAUGUGAGAUUCUGCGGCUAUACAAGACACGGACAGCACGAGCUUGAGAGAGGAAGCGCAGGUAAACGGAAUCUAAACUUCUACUAAGAGGAGGAAAGGAACCCCAAAACUCUCCACUCACCGCGACAUCCUUUUUUUUCCUACUCCGAGAACCUCUGCUCUCUUCUGGAGACAACAGCUCCUCAACCAAAGAGGGAUGCUGCAUGUUCCCGAGCCGCACUUGCACUCAGACGGAACCUAAAAAGUUGACCGGAGCGGAAUUACACUUCAUCUGAGGCAAGCGCACCAAAACGGACACUUUUAGUGACUGGAGGAUCCGCGCGCUUCAUAAAAUGAUUCCAAUCGGCGACGUGAUAACAUGUCGCAUCUCGUCGGGUGUUUGACACGUUUGAAGAGCGACUAAAGAAACUGGAGGAGGACAUAACAAAGUCAGAUCAUUCAUCCUGAGCCCCGCUGGCACCUUUUUACUGGAGUCCGAACAACAGAUCGCCGUCCAGAUGCAGUUUCGACUCUUCUCCUUUGCCCUGAUCGUAUUGAACUGUAUGGAGUACAGCAACUGUCAGGCGCCUUCGCACCGCUGGAGGAGAAACAAAAGAGCUAGCUAUGGAGCGUACCCCAUCUGUAAAGGCUGCUCGGUGUGCUCCAGGGACAAUGGCUGCGUAAACUGCCAGCCCAAACUCUUCCUGUUUCUGCGAAGGGAGAGGAUGAGGCAGUACGGGGAGUGUCUUCAUGACUGUCCAGCCGGAUACUACGGCAUGCGCAGCCCUGAACUCAACAUGUGCUCCAGGUGCAGGAUAGAGAACUGUGAGUCCUGCUUCAGCAAAGACUUCUGCACUAAGUGCAAGUCCGGUUUUUACCUACACAAAGGGCGAUGCUUUGACAAGUGCCCUGAGGGCUUUGCCCCACUGGAGGAAACCAUGGAGUGUGGAGAGGGCUGUGAGGUGGGCCAGUGGAGCGAGUGGGGAGCUUGCACCAGGAGAAACAAAACCUGUGGCUAUAAGUGGGGUCUGGAGACCCGGACGCGGCACAUUGUAAAGAAACCACCCAAGGACACAAUACCCUGUCCCACCAUUGCUGAGUCCAGGAUGUGCAAAAUGGCCAUGAGGCACUGCAGGAGAGGUGGCUCAGGGAAGCAACGACCCAAAGAACCAAAGAAGAAGAACAAGCAGAGGCUGCGGUUUCGAGCCCAGAACCAGCACAGCGAUCACUUGGCCUCUGCACGCACCAGCCAGUGAAAACUGAACCCACGGACUUCCCAUUGAACAAAGAAACAAACGCAAAGCUGCUAGCCACUGCUGCACCCAUAAUCUGUCUGAAGACCAUCACGAGCCCCCACCUAAGCCCACCCUCGCCUCUCUCUGUCACACCAGGACAGAACCAUCACUCACAAGUCCGUCUCAAAAGUAUAUGUCUAUCAUUUGAUAUCAGUCUCACCACACUAAACACAUUCUUCAUGCCUCUGCCACCCGCUGCUUCUCCCCCCCGCUGCAGUGACCAGCCAGGUGACUCUGGUCUCUCUGCCCCACCCCUUGCCUAGCCUUGUGGACCUUUACUGUUGACAUUACUGAACUCAUUUCCCAUCAUUAAAAAUGUCAUCAAACGAGCAGGGUGAUGGAAGAUGGAGAGGCAAGCAGAGACUGUGGGGGCGGGAGGGCCAGAUGUCAGGAGGUAGAUUGGAGAGGUGUGGAGGUAGUUGGCAGGCGGAACAGCUUGCAGAAAAGAGGGGGCAUGGGAGGAUGAAAAUAACGGAGGAGGAUGAAGUGACAAAAGAGAUUGGUUAAAUGAAAUGAUGCUGAUGGACAAGAAAAUGGCAUCUUGAACUGAGACUGUUUUUUUUUUGUUCCUAUAUAUUUAAAACGACCCUCACCUUUCCCUCUAAAUGAAACCAAGUUUUUCCAUGUGUGGCCUUUAUGUUCUGUACAUUUUUGAGAGUAAUAUUAAGAAAAGUUACCAUGCAUAGUUGCAAAGUAUUUUAUUCUCAGCACAAACUGUUUACGUUGAGACCGCUUUAUGCUCUAACUGUAUAGUGUGUAUAAAAAAGAAGAAGAAAUUUAGUUGUUCGACUAGCAUGGCAAAAGACUCGUGUACAUAGUUUAUCUAAUUAAGAAAAGCUUAUUACUGUAUUUUCAGUAUUGACUCGUUCACCGUUCUAAAUGUUUUAGAGUUAAAAAGGUUGUAAUACCAAGCUACAGAGUAAAAUGAUUAAAACAAAUAAAAAACAUAGCCGCAACAUAGCUAUUUCAUUUAUAUGGUAUAUAUUUGAUUUAUUUAUUAAUUCUUUUUUUUGUACUUUUUUUUUGUUCAGUGAGAUUUCUUUUUUGCCUCAUACUGUUAUUCUUAUAUGCUGAAUUAUUAUUUGAGUUCCUUAUAACAGUGCAUAUCUUUAACACAUGGAAAAGAUUUCUGUCUGAUGUCACGCCGUGUUGUGUUACAUUCAUUUGAGCUCAUCUACUGAUUUCAAUGUUUUGAAUAAGAAAAAAAAAAGACAAAACUAUGCUUUGACGUAUUCUAGGUUAAAUGAUUAGGAUCCAGCAAAUGUAUGGUCAUAGGACUGCAUAUGUGUACAUUGUGUUUUAUUAAAAUACAUUUCAUGUGACUGUA